AUUAGUAAUCUGUGGAGAUUUUUGAGGUUAUAUUCAUAGCUGCAGGGAUUAGGUUAUGUUAUCAUAUAAAAUUAUGCUUCAACAAACAUUGAGGAAAUUAUGAAUAGAUUAUACUAUUAUUUUUAAAAGUAAGACUGCCUUUGAUGGAUUCUUCAUCAGAAAAUAGUUUUGCAUGGACAGAUACUUCAAGUGACAGCUUCAAUAGUGCCUCAAUGGCUGGCGAAAACGAGAAUGUCGAGGGUACAAAUAUCGAAAAUAGAAAGAAGAAAUCCAGAAAGUCGUCUCUUACAAAUGACUUGGAGUUACAGUCGAAAGUUGAGAUCAAGGAAGAAACAGAGUAUUGCGUAAACAAGAGCAAUGGUAAGGACAAGAAGAAAAAAAUUAAGAUUGAACCAGACAGUGAAAAUGAAAAAGGUGAAGGUAAAAAGAAAUCUACCCAGUUAGAACAUAAUGGACACUCUCAUGAAACGUCAUCAUACGACGAGGCUUACCUUGAUAUGAAAGUGAAACAAGAAGAAGUAUCAUCUUCUAGCAAACAUAAAAAGAAAAAAAAGAAGCGAACAUCAAGUAUAGAUUCAACAAGUUUACCAAAGUCGAACGAUAACAGUCAUAUAAAUUCUAGUAGUGAAACAUGUACUGAUAAUAUUGCUUUGAAACAGGAAAGUGACUCAGAAAUCAGCAAGUCUAAGAAAAAGAAGAAAAAAUCUAAGAAAAGAUAUGAUAGUGAUAAUGAUGAUGUUCAACAAAAUAUGGACAUUGAUGAAAGUGACAAUAGAAAGGAAAAAACAUAUAGUAAACACAAUGAAACAUACACUUCAGCAGUUGAUAAUGAUACAUUACACAAUGAAAGUGAUGAAAGUGGCUGUGAUGAGAUAUCUGCCAUUAAAUGUGAUGAUAGUCAUUCUCUUCACACUAUUUCAUUCAUUAACAAGAGCAUAGACGACGAAAUCACAGAGAUUAAUCAUAACAGCAGCUUGAUCUCUAAACUGGAUAAGAAAAGUAACCCAGAGCCAGAAUCCAAUAAAACGUCAGUAGUAAAUAAGCGAACACAGAGCAUAUCUGAUAGAAUACGCUUUGAAGAUGACGAGGACACAAAUAUUGAGUCUAGUCAGCUGGUGCAUGACGACUCUUUCAAUAAUAAGAAACCAUCAAAACUUAAACAAUUCCUUAAAGCAAAUCCUAACUUAAAACUGAUCACUGAAACAUUCAAUAAUAAUAAAAAUCUCACCCAAGAUGAUGAAAUCUGGAUUUUAAAGUGUCCAAAAAAUAUUAAUAUAGUUGAUUUUCAAGAUACAACUUUAAAUAUCUUUGGAAAAUGCAAAAUUAAAGUUGGUGGCCAAGCUUAUGAAGGCAGUGCAGAAGAACAAUCAGGCACAUUAUCGCUGCUCACAAUGGAACACAGCAGUUCCAAAAUAAAAAAUGUGCCACUUAGCGGGAUCAUCAAUAUGCGCAAGAGGAUCCCUAAAGCACACUUCCAAGAUGACAGCAUCAUGAUCAACAAUCAGACAAAUUUUAUACCAUUACCAGACACAAAAUGCCGUCACCCUCUUUUUGGGUCUAAUUAUAAGAAAGCCUUAAAAAUACCUGCUGCAAUAGCAGAGCGUUUAAGUGUGCAACAAAGUGAAAAAUCUAGGACUGAAAAGAAGAAGAAGAAAAACAAAAAAGAUAAAAGCUUAUCAGAACAUGUAAGUCCAGAAGAGCAGAGUGACGUUAUAAUGAAGCCAGACCCAGACAACUCGUUAACUAAAUUGGAAAAGAAAAAAAAGAAACGAAAAAUAACAGAUGAUGAGGACCCUGUGCCAAAAAAAAUAAAACGAGUUAAACAUGACCCUGAAUCAGCUGAAGCAUGGGAGUCUGAGAAAGCGAUUGAGGAGAAUCUUUUUAAUUUUUGAUAAAUGUACAUAUUAAAAUGUU